AUGAAGAUCGACUUUUUCUCAGCUCUUUCUAGGCCAGAAUACGAGUGCCUAGAAUUUCAUGAUGAAAUCAAACUCGAACAUCAGCAACAGAUCAUACCAGCUGACGAACGUCUACGACAUGACCUCGAUAAUUGGGUCCAAGAGCAUCUGACACAUUUGUUCCCAGAGAAGCUUCAAGCUCUGAAAGUUUUAGUUGACACUUCUGCGCAAGUCGGGGAAUAUUUCUACGCCCAUUGCUCGCAUGAGACAAAGCUAGUUAUGGCCAUAACUACUCUCAUCCUGUUCGCAAGCGAUGACGACACUCUCCUCAGUCCUGAAGAGCGCAACCGCUUAUCCUCCUUUUCCUGUAAUGACGGCUACAGUCCUCCGGAUGCUAGCCCUUGGACAGCGGUCCUUACGCACGGGCUACAACUAGGUGCCGAAUACUUCGGGUCCCAAGACCCCCUGGUCGGGAGCCUUUCAGCAAAUGCUAUCCGCGGGUUCACGGAGGCAUGUACCAUAGAAUACCGCAUGGAGCAGGGGGACUUGCCCCUCCAUCUUACAACCCACGGAAAGCCACACCCAAGCUCCGAGUGGUGUGCGGCCGAAGCGUUCCCGGGGUACCUUCGUUCAAUGAGUGGUAUCUCGUUUCACUAUAUCCCGCCGAUAUUCAAGUAUUCUCGCACCGAGGAGGUCCCUUCUCCUUACUGGUUGGGAGUUGCUCCCGUCGUGAGGAACUUCAUUGAUUACACAAACGACCUACUUUCUUACCCGAAGGAGGUCCUCGAUGGUGAGAUACGGAACUACCUUCUGCUAGCUACAAGGGCCGGGAGAGUAGCCGGCAGAUCAUCCAGGUUUGGCUCGAAAUUAUGGACUUUCCGAGACACCUUCUGCGAAACACUCGAAAAUGUGCAGAAUAUUGUUUUCGCUUUGGAUAGGGCUUUCACAAGUUACAUGCCUGCCGAUAACAAUGCACCGGAGGAUAAUAACAAGACUCAAGAUGAUCCCAAUGCGCAGCUGGCUGCAAAGUGCUGGUUCUCUUUCCGACAGAACUUCAUCUCCUUUCAUCUGGAGUCCAAGAGAAUUGUGUGCACCAAAGCACAGGCCCAUUAA